GCGUCGUCUGUGUGGUGCACGCGUCGUCUGUGUGGUGCACGCGUCGUCUGUGUGGUGCACGCGUCGUCUGUGUGGUGCACGCGUCGUCUGUGUGGCGCACGCGUCGUCUGUGUGCUUCACGCGUCGUCUGUGUGGAGCAAACGUCGCCUGUGUGGUGCACGCGUCGUUUGGUGCAAUAUGGCUGAAUCUCGUCUACGUUUAAUACAAAACCCAAUCCCAGUAAUUAACUAAGCAAUAACAUCCAGAUAGGUUCUAUAAAUAUUAUAUCACUUGGCACCCUGCAGAAAGGCCGGUACGUAGUUAAUAAAAUAUUAUCAUGAGCAAAGUGUUGUAGAUAUCGGAUGUGUAAUAGAUGGUACAUUAUAUGGUACAAGAGUGCAGUGUAUGGUACUAGCGUGCAGUCGAUGGUGCAGUAUAUGGUACAAGAGUGCAGUAGAUGACCAACAAUGUCUACUGAAGGCGAUGUAAGAUUGGCGCCUGCAGCAGACGCUGAGACCGCGUCUUCUCCUUCUGGGUCCUUAGACCGCAGCCACUCUCCGUCCCCUACCUCGUCCCAAGUCACCACUACGUCCCCAGCGUCUUCCCCAUGUCCCACAGACCCCUCAACAAUAGGGUUAGACCCUUCACUUCCUUCCCUACGCACUUCCCUUCCUUCCCUACGCAAUAUUCCUGAGAAUGAGAAGGAUAAACUCCCCGCGGGGCUCGGGGAGGAGGAGGCCAUGCUCGACCCCCCGCCAGGGGAAGGCAUAAAGAUGCAGCAGAGCUUGGGGCUGUGGAACGGCGUCGGCAUCAUCGUCGGUAUCAUCGUGGGGUCGGGGAUCUUCGUGUCCCCCACGGGGGUGCUGCGGUACUCGGGGAGCGUCGCCAUGUCGCUGGUGGUGUGGGGCGUGUCGGGGGUCCUGUCCCUUGUGGGGGCCUUGUGCUACGCCGAGCUGGGUGAGUGGGGCGUGGUAGGUCAUGGUGCAGGGUGGGUCAUGGUGCACAUCGCGUACGGGUCGCUGCCGGCGUUCCUGUACCUGUGGGUGGCGCUCGUGAUCAUCAUGCCGACGGGCAACACCGUCAUCGCCCUCACCUUCGCUAACUACAUCCUUCAGCCGUUCUUCGCGGGCUGCGCGCCCCCCGACACCGCCAUCAGAUUGCUGGCAGCUUGUGUGAUAUGCUUCCUAACUUGGGUUAAUUGCACCAACGUGGACUGGGCAACCAAAGUUCAGGACGUAUUCACCGUAGCUAAGAUCAUCGCGCUCAUCAUCAUCAUCGUCGCUGGCGUGUAUCAUUUGUCCACGGGACACACGGAAAACUAUCAGCAUCCGUUCGAAGGCACCAUCUGGGAAGCCGGGGCCAUAGCCACCGCUUUCUACCAGGGCCUCUUCUCCUUCGCGGGCUGGAAUUAUCUCAACUUCGUCGUGGAGGAGCUCCAGAACCCGUACAGGAACCUGCCGCUGGCGAUCCUCAUCUCCCUGCCGCUGGUGACGCUCAUUUACUUCCUGGUGAACGUCGCGUACUUCGCCGUCCUCACGCCCGCCGAGAUCCUCGCCUCCAACGCCGUGGCCGUCUCGUUCGGAGACCGCAUGCUGGGGAAGAUGGCGUGGCUUAUGCCCCUCUUCGUCGCUUGCUCGACGUUCGGGUCCCUGAACGGCGGCAUCUUCGCCUCGUCGCGCCUCUUCUUCGUAGGGGCGCGUCAGGGGCACCUGCCCCAGGCCCUGGGGCUCAUACACGUCCGCAGCCUCACCCCCGUGCCGGCGCUCCUCUUCCUGGGCGCCAUGACGGUGUUCAUGCUGAUAACUGUCGAGGUUGAGGCCCUCAUCAACUACAUCUCCUUCACCGAGUCGCUCUUCAUCCUCGUGUCGAUCUCCGCGCUGCUGUACAUGCGAUGGCGGCACCCGCACCUCAAUCGCCCCAUCAGGGUGUGGCUGGGCUUCCCCAUCGUGUUCCUGGUGGUGUGCGUGUUCUUGGUGGCGACGCCCGUCGUGACGCGCCCCGUGGAGCUCGGCGUGGCGGUCGCAGUGCUGCUCACGGGCGUGCCUGUCUACUACUGCUGCGUCCGCCGGCGCAGCAGACCGGCUUGGCUGUCUACUGCAGCAGAGAAGCUGACGUUUACGUGCCAGGUGCUCUGCCGUGCGAUGCCGGAGCACAAGCGGGACUAACCUCUACAUGUAAAAUUAAGCAACAUUUUAGCGUUUUUGGAGUAAACACAAUUUUUAUCGUUGAGAUCUAAUAAAUUUAUUUUAUACCGCUUACGAUUUUUAUAAAAUUGGGAGUUAAAGUUAUGCAGGUAGGAAUUUUAUGUGAAUGUCAGGAUUACAGUAAAGUGAACGGGUAAGAUUUCAUUCGUAUGAAAAGUUAUGAUAGUUACGUAGGAGCCUGGGGGUUGCAGUUAGAGUUGAAGGCCUGGAAAUAUGAAGUGUUGCCUACUAGCAACUUGGCAACACUGCCGCGCCUCUCCUGCCCACGGUUACGGCUUAGUUGAAUAUUUGUCCACCUCUGAUGAGUAAAGCAGUGUCUGA